AUGCCAGGCAGGGUCGAGUACAGUGUCGAUGAUGUAUUCAAGCCAAACGGUAGUCAAGGUUCUGUGAUUGAAACAAAAAGGGAUCGCUUGCUGCAGGCCGUUUUCGAAGGUAAAGCGGAACUGUUCUUCAGAAUGUGCAACAGAGGGGUCGUCGAGAACUCGAAUCAGGCGUUCUCAAUUGAGAAGAUGUGCUACAGCCUCGACUCCAACAACCUACGAUGGAUAUUAUCCACUAUCGAGCAAGAAAAAGAUGAGUAG